GGAUGCCCCCCAGCGCUGGGCUCCGCGUGCAGGGCUGCGCGUGGAAGCGCGCCCCCACCCCCGGGUCUCGGCGCCGGCUCUCCGCCUCUCAGCCCGCCGCGCCGGGGCCGCGCACGGCGCGCUGGGGGGCGCGCACGCUGGGGGCUGGCCUGCCCGCGGCGCGGGGGAAAGUUGAGUUGGAAGAAGUUGGGAGCGGCGGGGGCGCGCCCCAGGGUGGGCACCGCGAAGCCGUCGGGAGCGCGCGAGGGCUCCAGAGGACCGGCAGAGACCCCGAGACCCCGGGGCACGAAAUCCAGAGCAAGCGGGUUAUGCCUCCACCUUGUUGCCCUGAAAGCCGCAGCGACAGUGAAAAGGGUUAAGAUUUGGCCAUGAGCAGCGCCCCCAGGCGCCCCGCCUCGGGCGGAGAUUCCUUCCACAAGCCAGAGCCAGAGAGUUUGGGUCCUGGGACACCUGGGUUCCCCCAGCAGGAGGAAGACGAACUUCACCGCACCCUGGGCGUGGAGCGGUUUGAGGAGAUCCUUCAAGAAGCUGGGUCCCGUGGAGGGGAGGAGCCAGGCCGCAGCUAUGGGGAGGAAGACUUUGAGUACCACCGCCAGUCCUCCCAUCACAUCCACCACCCACUGUCCACUCACCUGCCUCCUGAUGCCCGACGCCGCAAGACUCCCCAGGGCCCAGGACGGAAGCCAAGAAGGCGCCCUGGAACCUCCCCCACUGGGGAAACCCCCACCAUUGAGGAAGGGGAGGAAGAUGAAGAUGAAGCCAGUGAAGCUGAGGGAGCCCGGGCACUCACACAGCCAUCCCCUGCCUCCACACCUUCUUCUGUGCAGUUCUUUCUCCAAGAGGAUGAGGGUACCGACCGGAAGGCCGAGAGGACUAGUCCAUCUCCCCCUGUGCAGCUGCCCCCUCAGGAGGUGGCACCCCGGGCCACCAAAGGGGCCCAGACUGGAGCCCUGGUGGAGGAAGCUGUGGCAGUGGCCAGUGGCGCAGCUGCAGGUGACGAUGGAGGUGCCUCAGGGCGCCCCCUGACCAAAGCCCAACCUGGACAUCGCAGCUACAACCUUCAGGAAAGAAGGCGCAUUGGGAGCAUGACUGGGGUGGAACAGGCACUGCUGCCUCAGGUUCCUACUGAUGAGAGUGAGGCCCAGACGCUGGCCACAGCUGACCUUGAUCUCAUGAAAAGUCACCGAUUUGAGGAUGUUCCUGGGGUACGGCGACACUUGGUACGGAAGAAUGCCAAAGGGUCUGGGCAAAGUGCCCGAGAGGGACGAGAACCUGGCCCCACGCCUCGGGCCCGGCCCCGGGCCCCCCACAAGCCUCAUGAGGUGUUUGUGGAGCUGAAUGAGUUACUGCUGGAUAAAAACCAGGAGCCCCAGUGGCGGGAGACUGCCCGCUGGAUCAAAUUUGAGGAAGAUGUGGAGGAGGAGACAGAGCGCUGGGAGCCCCACGUAGCCUCACUGUCCUUCCGUAGCCUCCUGGAGCUCCGCAGGACCUUGGCCCAUGGGGCUGUGCUCUUGGACCUGGACCAGCAGACCCUGCCUGGGGUGGCCCACCAGGUGGUGGAGCAAAUGGUCAUCUCUGACCAGAUCAAGGCAGAGGACAGAGCCAAUGUGCUGCGGGCCCUUCUGCUGAAACACAGCCACCCAAGUGACGAGAAGGAAUUCUCAUUCCCCCGCAACAUCUCUGCUGGCUCCCUGGGCUCCCUGCUGGGGCAUCACCAUGCCCAGGGUACUGAGAGCGACCCACAUGUCACAGAGCCACUCAUUGGAGGUGUUCCCGAGGCCCGGCUGGAGGUGGAGCGAGAGCGUGAGUUGCCACCUCCAGCUGCACCAGCUGGCAUCACCCGCUCCAAGUCCAAGCAUGAGCUAAAGCUGCUGGAGAAGAUCCCAGAGAAUGCUGAGGCCACAGUGGUCCUUGUGGGCUGUGUGGAGUUCCUCUCCCAGCCUACCAUGGCCUUCGUGCGCCUGCGGGAGGCUGUGGAACUGGACACGGUGCUGGAGGUGCCUGUCCCUGUGCGCUUCCUCUUCCUGCUGCUGGGCCCCAGCAGCGCGAACAUGGACUACCACGAAAUCGGCCGCUCCAUCUCCACCCUCAUGUCUGACAAGCAAUUCCAUGAGGCAGCCUACCUGGCAGAUGAACGGGACGACUUGCUGACUGCCAUCAACGCCUUCCUGGACUGCAGUGUGGUGCUGCCGCCCUCAGAAGUGCAGGGCGAGGAGCUGCUGCGUUCAGUCGCCCACUUCCAGCGUCAGAUGCUCAAGAAGCGAGAGGAACAGGGACGGCUGCUGCCCCCAGGGGCUGGGCUGGAGCCCAAGUCUGCCCAAGAUAAGGCGCUCCUGCAGAUGGUAGAGGUGGCAGGUGCAGCCGAAGACGAUCCUCUUCGGCGGACAGGCCGGCCCUUUGGGGGGCUAAUCCGUGAUGUGCGGCGCCGCUACCCCCACUACUUGAGUGACUUCCGUGAUGCACUUGACCCCCAGUGCCUGGCCGCUGUCAUCUUCAUCUACUUCGCCGCUCUGUCUCCUGCCAUCACCUUUGGGGGACUGCUAGGAGAGAAGACGCAGAACCUCAUAGGGGUGUCAGAGCUGAUCAUAUCCACAGCACUCCAGGGUGUGGUCUUCUGCCUGCUAGGGGCUCAGCCUCUGCUGGUGAUUGGCUUCUCUGGGCCUCUCCUGGUCUUCGAGGAGGCCUUCUUCUCGUUCUGUAGCAGCAAUCAGCUGGAGUACCUGGUGGGCCGUGUAUGGAUCGGCUUCUGGUUGGUGCUGCUCGCCCUGCUUAUGGUGGCCCUGGAAGGAAGCUUCUUGGUCCGCUUUGUCUCUCGCUUCACCCAGGAGAUUUUUGCCUUCCUCAUCUCCCUCAUCUUCAUCUAUGAGACCUUCUACAAACUGGUCAAGAUCUUCCAGGAGCAUCCUCUCCAUGGCUGUUCAGUCUCCAACAGUUCAGAGGCAGAUGGUGACAACGUGACUUGGGCCAGGGCAGCAACCACACUGGAGCCAGGCAAUGGGAGCUUGGCUGGGCAGUCUGGACAGGGGAGGCCCCGUGGCCAGCCCAACACAGCCCUGCUGUCACUAGUUCUUAUGGCUGGCACCUUCUUCAUUGCCUUCUUCCUGCGUAAAUUCAAGAACAGCCGGUUUUUCCCUGGCCGGAUCCGGCGGGUCAUCGGGGACUUUGGGGUGCCCAUUGCAAUCCUCAUCAUGGUGCUUGUGGAUUACAGUAUUGAAGACACCUACACCCAGAAGCUGAAUGUGCCCAGUGGAUUCUCAGUGACAGCCCCUGACAAGCGGGGCUGGGUCAUCAACCCCCUGGGGGAGAAGAGCCCCUUCCCUGUGUGGAUGAUGGUGGCCAGCUUGCUGCCCGCUGUCUUGGUCUUCAUCCUGAUCUUCAUGGAAACACAAAUCACCACGCUGAUCAUCUCCAAGAAAGAGCGCAUGCUGCAAAAGGGCUCUGGCUUCCAUCUGGACCUGCUGCUCAUUGUGGCUAUGGGUGGCAUCUGUGCCCUCUUUGGCCUACCCUGGUUAGCUGCUGCUACCGUCCGCUCUGUCACUCAUGCCAAUGCCCUCACUGUCAUGAGCAAGGCAGUGGCGCCUGGGGAUAAGCCAAAGAUUCAGGAGGUCAAGGAGCAGCGAGUGACAGGGCUGUUGGUGGCCCUGCUUGUUGGCCUCUCCAUGGUUAUCGGGAAUCUGCUCCGGCAGAUCCCACUGGCCGUGCUCUUUGGAAUAUUCCUGUACAUGGGAGUCACCUCCCUCAACGGGAUCCAGUUCUAUGAGCGGCUGCACCUGCUGCUCAUGCCACCCAAACACCAUCCAGAUGUCACCUAUGUCAAGAAGGUUCGGACCCUACGGAUGCACCUGUUCACUGCCCUGCAGCUGCUCUGCCUGGCCCUGCUCUGGGCUGUCAUGUCCACGGCUGCCUCCCUGGCGUUCCCCUUCAUCCUCAUCCUCACAGUGCCGCUGCGCAUGGUGGUGCUCACCCGCAUCUUCACUGAUCGAGAGAUGAAAUGUCUGGAUGCUAAUGAGGCGGAGCCUGUGUUUGAUGAACGCGAGGGCGUGGAUGAGUACAAUGAGAUGCCCAUGCCUGUGUAGCCGCUACCUGGAGGGACAGCAGAGGGACUAAUGGGCUGGUGGGAUGGGUUUCUCCCCCAUUUUUAUUUAAGUGAUUAAUAAUUUAAAGUCCCCUUCUCCCCACUCCUGCAGUAAAAUGCUUCA